CGCGGCUCCCGACGCGCUUUUUUUUCCCGGCACCCCCCGCGGGUGGCUUGUACACAAUCAUCAUGGCCGCCGCCGCCGCCGCAUCUCCCGACUCGGAGGAGGCCGGCAUGGACGCCGAGGCCCAGAAGCCGCCGCUGGGCGCCGGGGAAGAUGACGACCCUCCUCAGGAGGACGACCCGCCCCAGGACGACGACCCCCCGCCGGACGCCUCGCGGGCCCCGGUCAGCAACGGCGGAGACCCCGAGCUGGAGAAGGAGCUGGUGGAGCUCCGGGUCAUCUGGAACAAGAACAAGUACGACGUCAAGUUCCCGCUGGACAGCACCGGCGCCGACCUCAAGCAGAAGAUCCACGCGCUGACCGGCCUCCCACCCACCAUGCAGAAAGUCAUGUUCAAGGGUCUUCUGCCGGAGGAGAAAACCUUGCGGGAAAUCAAAGUCAUCAACGGGGCAAAGAUCAUGGUGGUGGGCUCCACCAUCAACGACGUCUUAGCGGUCAGCAUACCGAAGGAUGCGGCGCAACAGGAGGUGAAGUUGGAAGAGGCCAAAAAGGAGCCCCUCUGCAGGCAAAAGCAACACAGGAAAGUGUUGGAUAAAGGCAAACCUGAUGACGUGAUGCCAUCUGUCAAAGGCGUGCAGGAACGCCUGCCAACCGUUCCUUUGUCGGGUAUGUACAACAAGUCAGGCGGGAAAGUGCGGCUCACUUUUAAACUUGAACAAGAUCAGCUCUGGAUUGGCACUAAAGAGAGAACUGAAAAAUUGCCCAUGGGGUCCAUCAAGAAUGUGGUGAGUGAACCUAUUGAAGGGCACGAAGAUUAUCACAUGAUGGCCUUUCAGCUGGGUCCUACCGAAGCCUCUUACUACUGGGUCUAUUGGGUCCCCACUCAAUAUGUUGAUGCAAUCAAGGACACGGUGCUGGGGAAGUGGCAGUAUUUUUGAAGGCACGCUCACCUCUGGCACUGGAGACUGACACGGACCGAAGGACACUGCUCUGGAAGGACUGGACCUGCUCGGUCCUGGGACUUCUUAAAUCAACACGCUCUCAAAGAGGCUCAGGAGAGACGCCAGAGGUGGGGAUCUCUUGCCAUUAGUUUAUUUUUAACUUAAAACAGCGCAGCGGCAGCGGCAUCCCUUUUUUCUCCAGGCGGCUUCCACGCUCCUUAAAAAAAUGAAAACGCAAAUAUGAUGGAAAUCAAUAAACCUUACUUCACAAACCAGUGUGCGUAAUACACUUUGCUGAGCACAGCCCCCUUCCGGUGGGUAGUUCCUGCGAGGGGGAAGUGGAGACACCACUAAAGAUUUUCUACCCGUCUUGGAGAAGAGGCCGACCUUUCAUACUCUUCCAUUUACGAACACCGGGGUUUCUUGCAGCCGCGUGCUUGUGACUGGCAGUUUGAGGAACGGGUUUUUGGCUCUCUCGCCGUUUUCUUUUUCUCCCCCACCCCCCCCACCCCACUAUUACAAGGGAUCUUUUCAAGUGGUAUGCAAACAUCGGCAUUCAUAAGCCAUAUCUUCCGGGCCCUUGAGUUUCCUUGAGGCUUUUUCUGUAGCAACCUUCUCUGUUAACCCAAAGAUGCUCAACUCCUUCUUUCUGAGACAUCACAACAGCUCUUCCGCGGGGAAGUUUUGAGCGUCUCAAGUUUCAAGGAGGAUACUGAUGUGGUAGCCUUCCGGCCAAGGGGGCUCUUGCUUGCUUGCUGUGAUCUCUUUUCUCUCUCCCCUCCCACAAUGCUCCGAGUGUUCAUCUUUAAGGGUGGGGGGGAAGCUGUGCCUUAUGGAGAACUUCUCUGCCAUCUGUGUUGUGGUCUGCGCCCCGUUUGCAGUUGAGCCGAUAGUUGGUUUUGGGAGCUCUGGUUUCAGUGCCCAGCGAUCUCUGCAUACAGCCUUCAGCUGGCACCUGAGGGGCUUUGGCAGCGGGCACACUCGGGCUCCCACCCUUCCCUUUCCCCUUCCCUUCUUGUUCUGAUCUGGGAGGGGGGAGGGGGAGGUGCAAAUCCGUGCCAGUGCUAGCUUGGCUUCUGUUGGAGAACUUGGCUUUGAGUGGCGUAGUCUUCAUACCACUUCGUGCGGGGUCACUGGUACGGUCAAUUACUUAACAGCCUUCCAGAGAACGUGAAAGUACAGUUAGCAUUGGGGCUGGAUGUUGGGUGCUGUUUUUGUCACAAAACUCGUGACCGCAGCUGCAGCAGCGUCAGGCCUUCAUCCCUUCAAAAGGAUGUGGCCCUUGCUUUGUUUUGAGCAGAGGUAGGAAGGCGAACUUUUCUCUGGGGAGCUCUGCGGUCACUCUCUUCAGCUGAGCAAAUGAGUACUCCCGAUAUUCCCUUGGUCCUCAGCCUGUUCAUGCCGAAGCAAUGUUGUCCAGCGUGGACCACAGGUCCAACAGAGGUGUCUUGGGAUAGGAAGGAUGCCCAGAGACCCAUUGAGCCCAUUGACUGAGCCCAAAGGAAUGGCUGAAAACGCUGGCACUCCUGAUGGGAAGGCCAGGCAGGGCUGGCUAAUCCAGGGAAGAGGCCCUGGGAGAAGAACAGUGCGGAAGGACUUCCUGUUCCUUGCUGGGCUGAGCCUGACUGUCUUUCCGUGUCGGUCACCUGUGCCCAUUAAAGAGCAGCAAAUCGUUGCAGCAGCAUUUACUUUCUGCCCAGCCCAGUUUGGUUUGAGUGUUUGAAUUGGAGAAAUAAACCUCUUAACCAGAGAUUGCCAAUAACACGGAUGGGAUGCCCGGUGGCCACAAAUGAGACCAUUUUUCUCCUCGGGCUGUUCUUCCACCCGGGCUCUAUUUCAGGGAGAAUUUUGUGUGUUUCUUGCCUCAGCCGCCUCAGUUGGCUUCUCGGCACUGCACUCUAUUCAAGUGCCGCUGCUCUCAGGUUUCUUGAUUCCCCAGCAGCCGUCUUGGUUAACAGACCACCAGCCGCAGCCUCUGUAUCUCCCCUGUCCCGGUCAGUUCAGGGCGGGGCAGCUCUGGAUUUCAGGGGCUGCUUGAGGCGAGGUCUCUUUCCAUCAGGGCUGUUCUCGUUCCAGCGGUCGCUGGGGGUGCAGGGGAGCUUCUGGAACUGAUUUCGGUGUUGAUACAAGCCUGCUUUGAGGAACAAGGAAAUCUUCCUCUCUUGAUUGAUUUACAGAGGCUCUCUGCAGCUCCGCUCUGCUUUCUGGAGAGGAAAGAACCUCCCUCUGUCAUAUUCUGGAGAAGAGUGGGGGAGCAGGCCUGAUUUUAAAAACAACGUGUCCCUGAAUCUGCUCUCCCUGUGAGAACAGAAAGCCAAAAGGCACGCAGGGCCUGUUGAACUGAAAUGGGCACUUUGCUGACCCCUCCCAGUGAUGAAGGGAGUCCCAGAGGUCUGUGCUCCAGUGUCUGAAUCCUCCAUUGCUACCAGAGCGGACUUCCCUAGGCCUGUUGUUUCCUCUCCGGGAAGCAGGGCUGAGGCGCCUGGGUUGGCCAUGCACGUGAGCAGUGCGUGAGUGCCAACAGAGGCCAUUUUGCCUCCCCUCCUGUCAGGGUGCAGCUGAGGAAGCGCAGCCGCUUCGUGCUUCCUGACGAGCGUGCGCAGCAAGGUCCUGAAGGCAGCGCCUCGAUUAAGAGGGAGAGGGAUGCAGGCAGUUCCAAACAGGUGCUUGUAGCUGCCACAGUCUGGGGGUUCUUUGGCAGGCAGGUGCAGUAGUGAUGGGACUCACCUGGGCUUCCUUUUGGCUGAGGUGCAGAGGGCUGCCUGUGUUGGUGCUUGGGGACCCUCAGGGACUGGGAUUUCUAGGCGCCCAUACCUCAUUUUCUACUUUAGAGCCAUCAGCACUUGUUGAGUUCCCGGUCUUUCCCCAGGCACAGCAAUAUUUCGCCGAUUGUGCAGCUCCAGCCCCUAAUUUCUCAAGAGGCCGGGGAUUUUCCAAGGCUGCCAAAUAGACCUCCAAGCUUGCGCAGGGGGCGCUUUCUCUUGCCUAGCAAAAACGUUCACACAGCUGGAGGCUUGUAGUGUUCAGGGCUCGAGGUGCGGAAAGGACGCGUCUUCGUGCCUGGCCAAAAGCAACGUUUACAGUUUGUCUCUGGGCUAACUUGGAAAGGGAGGUGGAUUAGAAAAGAUUCCUUCUUGGCAGCCAAGAACAGAGUUGAACAGUUUUUUACCCUAACAGGAAACACACCUUUGGAGGGGGGCGGAAGCAUCUCAGUGCCUAGAAAGAGAAUGCUGGAAUGAAGGGCAGCGCCCGGGAGCUGGGACCACACGGUCCGCUCACAUCACGCUCCUGCUGGUGAGCAGCCCUUUCGUCUAGGGCUCAUUUCGCAAUACCUCUCCUCCUCAAAGGUGUCAUCUCUCACUUGUGGUUUCCUGAUUCUCAGGCUUGGAGCUGGGGAGAGCCCUAGCACCUCCCCCCCUCUAUGCACACCUGGUGGGGGAUGCAAUAUCAACUGGAAGGGCUGCCCCCCCCCCCCCCGCUUAUUCCCCUCUCCCUGUGGGAGGGCCAGGCUGUCUGGUUUCUCAAGAGAGAACCCUCUCCUCACCAGCUGGCGCAGAAGCCUGUUGCCCGGUGGGGGUGGGGGUGCUGGCUGCUCCUGGAAGCAGCCACUGGAGGGGGGCGGGGGCUGGCUGAUGGCUGACCCCCAGUAAGACUCAGGUUGCUGGGAUGUUGGCAUUCCGCUUUGGGAAACCCUUUCCCUUCCAGCUAGCCCCCCAGUGUUUGUUUCCCAAGGGUGCCAUGUUGGAACUGUACCUGUUGCUGAUGGGCUGGGCAACAUGCCAGCACUCUCGGGCUAUCUUGAGUGGCGGGGGGGGGGCGUCGGGGGGGGGUGUCUCUGCAAUAUGUCCUGUAUUAAUUCUACUUCCUCUGUAGGCUAACAGACGGUGAAAGCUCUAUCGGUGGGGGCCUGGCGUAGGGGGUGGGAGACAGGGGAGGGAAUGAUCUAAUCUUGAGCCUGCACCGCUAGGGUGGUUUUAAGUGUGACCGUGUCCGGUUAUUAUCCUCCUUGUUCUGUCCUGUAAGAUAAAUCAGUCUUGUCGAUUAAAGUUUGAUAAUGAAGUGCUUUA